GGAGAGAGGCCCCGUGCGGGGAGGACCGCUCGACGCCAGAUGUUGGGCAGCGGCCAGCCGCCCUCAGUAAGUGCUGCCGGGGCGCCGAGUCCCUCCCGCCCCGCAGCAGGCAGCGCCCCGCCAUGGCCCGCACGGCUCCCCCGGCCGUGCCGCCGCCGCCCCCGGGACCGCCGCCCCGCGGCUCGCUCGGGCUGCACCGCGCCUUCCUGCGGAGCCCGCUGGGGCUGCUCCGCCUGGGGCAGCUGGCGGUGGGCGCCGCCUUCUGGCUCACCGUGGCGGCCCACUGGUACGAAGGAGCGGCCCACUUCGCCCUCUUCGCCGCCGUCCUCGUCUGGCUGCUCACGCUGGGCCUCUUCGGGCUGAGCGCGCUGGGGCGCUGGCAGCUCGUGCCCUGGCUGGGCUCCCGCUGGCUGCUGGCCAACCUGGUGCACGACCUGGUGCUGGGUGUCGGGCUCUGCACGGCCGCCGCUGGCAUCAUGGGCCACAAAGCCGGGCAAAAGAGCUACUGCAAUCUGCCGGGCUACAGCCAACGCUGUCUCUACGGAGCCUAUCUGGGAGCUGCUGUCUGCGGGGCCGUGGCUGCCUGCCUGUACCUCUUCUCCGGGCUCUACUGCCUGGCACGGCGCUGCCGGGACCAACGUGACAUCGUCUGAGCCCCGUGGCUGCCCCGCUUCCUGCACACGGACGGACCGCGGCCCUGCUUUAGGACGUGGUGACUCCGCUGCUCUGUCCCCUCCCGGCUGCUGCACCGCGCUUCCUCCACUGCCCUCUGCACGGAUGGAUGAACAGACAGAUGGAGACCUUCUGCCAGGACAGUGGGCACCAAUUGCUGCAUCAGCCCCUUUGCACCCCGCACAGAAUGACAGAUGGACGUAAGCAAAUCAAAGGACCCAAGCAGGGAGCGCCCAAGUGGACCACAACUGCUGGGAGCCCUGUGGGGCCCUGCCUGACUCCUGCCCUGGGUGUGCUCAGGUGGGUGCCAACUCUGUCCCUGGGGAGAUGAAUGCUGUGCUGGAGGAGUGGAGCAAAGCUGGGCCCAGCCCUUACCCUGCUGGCAGCCCUGAGGCCUCCGCAUUGCCUAAUGGAGGCUCUGCUCUGCUCUCAGCUUCCCCAGCUCGGGCCCCUCCUCCACGUCCGGUGUCUUCCCAGAACCCUGUGGGCACAGCCCUUACCCACCGUGGGCACAGCCUCACCAACUGCUGCCCCAAUGCCAGAUGCUCCAUCCCACCUUGGAGCUGAACCCAGCAAAGCCCCCAUUACUGCUGGAGCCCGUGGCAGGGAGGGGGCUGCAGGCUGCCUCUGUGAGCAAGGCGGGGCAACACAUUCCUCCAGCCUUGGGGUUUGGUGUUUUUGUCAUCGCAGCCUGGAGCUCAGUGCUGCUGCUGCAUCCUUUGGCUGGUUCUGCACUGGGAGUGGGGCUCCCAUCCCGCCACAAAGACCCCUAAGCCUACCUGCCUGGCUCCACUGCACUUGGAUUGUCAUCCUCAACUCUCUUUGUUGUGGGAAUACGUCUCCAUCUCCAUCACUGUGCUGCCCGCAGACUGAUAAUGGAAGAGUGAUUGCAGCAGUACCCUUGUAGGACAUAGACUGUCUGUGAGGGGAGGGCUCUGGUAGUGAGGCCUGGACCAACCCCACAGGUGGCCGGGGCUGUGUGGGGUCAGUGGAAGCACUGGGCAACCAGAGACUGGGAAGUGUUGGAGGAGCACCAUGCCAGAGCUGCCUUGGCCACCAGCUGUCCUAACCCUGCUUGAGGACACAUUCUCUUAUUGCUUUCAGGGCAGAAAAGGACUGUCCCAGCCCCUGCGUAGGCUCAGUUUGGAGGACUGUGGCCCCCGCAGCUGUCACCUGGUGCCUUUUUGUGGGGGUAGCAGCAGCAAUGGCAUGGAGGGAUUGAGCUGGCACUAGAUCACAGCUUCUAUCACCAAGGGCUGUCUAAGCAGAUACCUGUGUGCUCCUGCACUCUGCCAGCCCCUGGGCCACCCCCUGGCAGGAUGUGUUGUCCCUACUCUGUGUCAGGGCUGGUCCCAGACACUGCUAGCUCCUGCGUGCUCCAGUGCAGCCCCGAGGUCCAGGCUGCCUGCACGAGCUGCCAAAAGUGCCUUGCCCCACAACCCCACGCUGCCUGUUGUACAUGCCACCAUCCUACUGCAGCCCCUUCUCUGGUGCCUCUGGAUUCACAUUCCAAAUAAAGCAACACUGACGCUC